AUGGCUCAAUCAAAUGAAGUCCAAUUAAAUCAGGCUGAGGCUUGCAAGAGUUCAAACUAUGGACAACAUGAAAAUGAGAAGUGGCUUAGUUACUUGGAAAGUGAGCUUGGACUGGAUCAGCCAACUGCAGAUAGUACUGGCGAGGAGUUUUUAGCACAGGUCACAACUGGACAAUUACUCCCAGAGACCUUUCAGUGUGACAAAAUGCCAAACCCUGCUGCAGAGUUUGACCAGAGCUUGGAUUACUUUCAAAUGUGGCCUUCUUUGCCACACAACAAUUCCUCCAUUUAA